CACUCUUCAGUGGAAAGAAGCAUUCUCUGCACAGCUGGGACCGCUUUCCAACAGAGGCUGAGACAUGGAAACUUCUGGAAAAGUUAUUAAAUGCAAGGCUGCUGUUAUCUGGGAGGCAGGUAAAGCGCUCUCUAUUGAGGAGGUGGAGGUUGCUCCUCCAAAAGCUCAUGAAGUUCGUGUUAAGAUAGUGGCCACAGGAAUCUGUCGGACAGAUGACCAUGUAUUGAAAGGUGCUUUCCCUAACAUAGAUUACCCAGUUAUUGCUGGCCAUGAAGGAGCUGGGAUUAUUGAGUGUGUUGGUCCAGAAGUAACAUGUGUGAAACCAGGGGACAAAGUUAUCCCUCUUUGUGUUCCCCAGUGUGGAGAAUGCAGCUGCUGUCUGAGUCCUAAGGCUAACUGUUGCCUGACGAGCCAUCUCUGCGAAUCACAGAACCUCAUGCCAGAUAAGACCAGCAGAUUCUCCUGCAAAGGGAAGCAGAUUCACCAUUUCCUGUGGAUCAGCACCUUCUCAGAAUACACAGUUAUGCCUGAUUCUGCCAUUGCAAGAAUUGAUGCUGCUGCUCCUCUGGAUAAAGUCUGUCUAUUUGGCUGUGCAUUUUCCACUGGUUAUGGAGCUGCCAUCAAUACUGCCAAGGUGGAGCCUGGUUCUACCUGUGCUGUCUUUGGUUUGGGAGGAGUUGGCCUCUCCGUUGUCAUGGGCUGUAAAGCUGCUGGAGCUUCCCGGAUCAUUGGGAUUGAUAUCAACAAAGAUAAAUUUGGCAAGGCUAAAGAAUUAGGAGUCACUGAAUGCAUCAACCCUCAGGACUUCACAAAGCCUAUUCAGGAGGUGCUGGUUGAGAUGACUGGCCAUGGUGUGGACUAUUCCUUUGAGGUCACUGGAUGCACGGAUACCCUGAUGGCUGCUCUGCUAUCAUGCCACUUGGGCUAUGGAACGUGUGUGCUGGUAGGAGAACCCCCUUCAGGAUCACAGAUCUCCUUUGACCCUCUGCUGCUGUUCACUGGGCGUCAGUGGAAGGCGAGUUUGAUUGGAGGGUGGAAGUUGAAGGACUCUCUCCCUAAACUGGUGUCUGAUUACAUGAACAAGAAGUGUAACCCAGAUGCAUUAAUAACCCACACUUUGCCUUUUGAUAAAAUCAAUGAAGGGUUCGAACUGCUGUGGGCAGGGAAAAGUAUUCGCAGCAUUCUGUUGUUUUAAGCUGCGGAGCGAUGAGAAGUGGGGUGUGAGCAGCACAGCGCUGCCUCCAGAAUCACCUGUCUGACUCCUUCCCCUUACUCAAAACUUUUAUUAGUGUGUUGGUUUUACAAUCUUUGCUUCUAGAGCUGUAUAAAUUGGGUCUGUAGGAGGUGGAGGGUUAAUUGCGUCUGUAGGAGGGAAGGUAUCCUAGAGAGAGAGGUCCGCUUCCAUAUUAUUCAGAAUUAAACUAAAUUAACCAUUCCAUCAAUUACACUAGCUCUCUCAGCUAAUCUAAUCUAGCCCCUGCCUCAAGACAGGGCCUGUAACCUACCCUGUCAACCUUUCUUCUUUCUGUUUAGAAGGUGUUGUCUGCCAGCAGACUUAGCAACUCCAGGGAUCCUUUCCCUGACUCAGCCUCCUAAGAAGUGAGCUAUCAUGGGGUUGAAAGCAGCUCGGGUCUGGCCCGCAGAUGCUGGCUGAGGGCCUGGGGAAUUAGCUCCAGGACUGAGCACUCGCUUUCAUGUGAGUGGCCGCAUGAGCGAGGCCUACAUUCUCCAGCCUGCUCUGUAGCAGCAGGGGCAACUAGCCCUAUUUUGUUGCUCUGUUCUGCUUUGCUCAAGACCCCAGAGCCCUCUCUGU